GAGCGUGAGUCCAUUGAAGGUAAUACUUCAGGGACAUACAUAUGGCAUAAGCUAUUAAUACUAUACCUUAUAUAACCCAAGACCAAUCGGACUAGGCCUUGUCAAAAUUAUCAAACUCAAGCCACAUGUUGCUUGGCUUGUAGAAUCCCACCAUUCAAGGGGAUGCAAGGACCUCAUCGAAGAAGACUCGCAGCUUGUCUUCUCGUAGCAUGUGCUGUACUUCAAAGCGAGAGCCAAGAUCUGGACCUUGUUGUUUGGCCAGGUGGAUGCCUCUUAUCAUGAUUAUGGUCUUACUCAUCUGGGCUUACCAUGUAUUCAUUGUGCAAAUAUGUUUGAAUCGCGUUGAGAGCUGUGUGGAGGUGGCCUUCUUGUUGAUAACCUUCCAUGUGCUGCUCGUCAUGUUCCUUUGGACAUGGGGUAAGUGUAUCAUCACCGAUCCGGCGCCCAUACCAAGUCAAUGGAAAAUAUCUGACGAGGAUGUGGCCAGGUUAAAGCGCACCGAGAGCUCCGAGGAAAAGUCACGAAUUCUGAGCCAAAUAGCCAAGAGCUUACCGGUCAAGAUGUGCACGAAAUCGGGAACUGUGAGGUAUUGCGACAUUUGCCGGAUCAUAAAGCCGGACAGAGCUCAUCACUGCUCAAUUUGUGGGCAAUGUGUGUUGAAGAAGGAUCACCAUUGUCCCUGGGUCAAGAAUUGCGUCCACUUCCACAACACAAAGUUCUUCGUAGUCUUCCUAGUCUACGCCGACAUAUUUCUAAUCUAUCUUCUCUUCGUGAUGCUCUACUACUUGUUGUACCUGGAAGGCUUUGACUUUGACAUCGUUGGCUACUCUCCGACUAAGCUGUGGCUCAUGGUGCAGCACGUCGUCAUCAUUUCAUUCUCCAUGUGUGUCUGGAUCAUGACCAUGGUCACCCUUUCCCAUUUUAUUAAAAACCACACCUCUGUGGAAGUUGUAUAUCCUCCGUACUUUUACGAAGGCGGCCAAAACAAAAAUGCCUAUGACCUGGGAAUGAAGCAGAAUUUUCUGGAAGUCUUUGGCAACAAAUGGUAUCUCUGGUUUAUUCCAGUGUACACUACUGUCGGGGAUGGUAUUACCUUUCCGAUGGCUCAGCAGGACUUGAAGAAAGUCAGAGUCAAUGGUGGACGGAGUGACGAGGGAGUGACCAGGAUUCAAAUUAUGAAAGACAAUGCUAGGAAACUGAUAGGACUUCAUGAUCUUAAUACUGAUGAUGCGUAAGAGUAUUAUAAUUUAAAGUUGAACAAUCAAUUCUUUAAAAUAUAUAUAUUUUAAAUACUUCCGACUCCAAUUGGUUAACCAUUUAAGAUGUUGCGACUCCAUCAACAUCUUAAUUUACGAGUCACCGGAAAGUGCAUCAGCAUCAGCAUCGGUCUCUAUUCGAAAUUGCACUAUGUCCUGCUGAGUGGCCAACGCCGAUAAAUCCUUCGCAUUCCAGAAUCGGGACUCCUUUCCCCCAGGAAAGGCCAUCGCCUGCCACCGCAUCGCACUUGGAUCGCAGUCGUUUAUAAAACGCUUAACAUUCGUGACAUAUUUCGCAUUUGGCCGCGCGUCGAGCACAGAAAUUUAUAGACUUUAUCCAUUAGGAAAACAAUUACGAGUGCAAACAAUGGCCAAUGUGCGAUGUCCAAAUGGAUGGACUCCCUGGUCAGAGGCAAUGCCUCGGGCAUUGAGCAUAUGUUCAGAUUGAGAUUGUCGCGCCCCCAGGUUCAUUGUCCUGCACAUUGGAGUGGAGAGGGGGAAGUUUAUAUAUUUUCUUAUUAUGCUGUGGCGACUUCUCGACUGCUGCAACACAAAUCCAAUUACCUUCAAAAUAAUAAACUUAUGUACAUACCAAAAAAGGCAAAGAAUUCCAUCCAGAGGCGUCCUUCUGCCAUCGCCUCUGGAGCUGCCGUACGCACAUUUUGCUUUAUCAACAGUUGAUAGACUCCGUGGGGAAUUUCCCGUAUGUCACGACAAAGAAGAUGCUGGAAAUGGAAGCUGUCUGGUCCCGGUCUCUGGAUCCGGCUGCCUCUCUAUCAAAUGCACUGAAAUCUAAUAAGUGGAACUGAAAACUAAAGCAGAGGGAGUUCCUUAUUCUCUUGGCCUUGUAUUUCUUGCAGUGCCUAGACCAUAGCUCUUUGGCUGAUUUCUUUGGCU